AGCUUCCGGGUUGGCUGCGACUACGCCGGCGGCGCAGGGACGCCAACUGCUGGCCGGGCGGAGCUGGGAGCCUGGGCGGGCCCGGCGCUGGCGCGCCCGCCAGGCAGCCAGGGGGGCGGGCGGCGAUCCGGACCCUGCCGGGCGUCCAGAGAGAGCAGAAAACAGACCCCGAGAGGUCACAUGGACGUCGGAAGUGCACCCCAGCUGGAUAAUGGCUUAAUCCUUCUUGAGCUUCUAAAGAAAAUGGCAGAAACAUCAUCAGAGCCUUCUGGGCAGCUGGUUGUACACUCAGAUACACACAGUGACACUGUCCUGGCCAGUUUUGAGGAUCAGAGGAAGAAAGGCUUUCUCUGUGACAUUACUUUAAUCGUGGAGAAUGUGCAUUUCCGGGCCCACAAAGCCUUGCUUGCUGCCAGUAGUGAAUACUUCUCAAUGAUGUUUGCUGAAGAGGGGGAGAUCGGCCAGUCCAUUUAUAUGCUAGAAGGCAUGGUUGCGGACACAUUUGGUAUCCUGCUAGAAUUUAUCUACACUGGUUGUCUUCAGGCCAGUGAGAAAAGUACAGAACAGAUCCUGGCUACUGCCCAGUUCUUAAAAGUCUAUGACCUGGUAAAGGCUUACACGGACUUUCAAAAUAAUCAUAGUUCCCCAAAGCCACCAACUUUGAACACAGCUGGUGCUCCAUUAGUUGUUAUUUCUAAUAAGAAAAGUGAUCAUCCAAAGCGAAAACGGGGAAGACCAAGGAAAGUCAACAGUUUACAGGAAGGGAAGUCAGAACUGGCUGCAGAGGAAGAAAUACAGCUGAGAGUGAACAAUUCUGUCCAAAACAGACAAAACUUUGUGGUUAAAGAGGGAGAUGGUGGUGUACUGAAUGAACAGAUUCCAGCAAAAGAACUGGAAGAAUCUGAGCCGACUUGUGAGCCAGCUAGAGGGGAGGAGAUGCCAGUUGAGAAAGAUGAGAACUGUGAUCCCAAGACCCAGGACUCUGGGCAGGACAGCCAGAGUCGGUGCAGCAAGCGGAGGAUUCGGAGGUCUGUCAAACUGAAAGAUUACAAACUUGUAGGGGAUGAAGAUGACCAGGGUUCAGCCAAGAGGGUCUGUGGACGGAGAAAGCGCCCUGGUGGGCCUGAGGCCCGUUGUAAAGACUGUGGCAAAGUAUUUAAAUACAAUCACUUUUUAGCAAUCCACCAGAGAAGCCACACAGGGGAGCGACCUUUCAAAUGUAAUGAGUGUGGAAAAGGCUUUGCCCAGAAGCACUCCCUGCAGGUCCACACCCGGAUGCACACAGGCGAGCGGCCGUACACCUGCACGGUGUGCAGCAAGGCUCUCACCACCAAGCACUCGCUGCUGGAGCACAUGAGCCUGCACUCAGGACAGAAGUCUUUUACCUGUGAUCAGUGUGGAAAAUAUUUCAGCCAGAAAAGACAACUAAAGAGCCAUUACCGAGUUCAUACAGGCCACUCAUUACCGGAAUGCAACGACUGCCACCGCAAAUUCAUGGAUGUGUCUCAGCUAAAGAAACACCUGCGAACACACACGGGUGAGAAGCCAUUUACGUGUGAGAUCUGUGGCAAAUCUUUCACAGCAAAGAGUUCUCUUCAGACCCACAUCAGGAUCCAUCGAGGAGAAAAGCCAUAUUCCUGUGCCGUGUGUGGCAAAUCCUUCUCUGACUCGAGUGCCAAGAGGAGACACUGCAUUCUACACACAGGCAAAAAGCCUUUCACCUGCCCUGAGUGUAACUUACAGUUUGCUCGCUUAGACAACUUGAAGGCUCACUUGAAAAUCCACAGCAAAGAGAAACACGCGUCCGAUGCCAGCAGUAUUUCUGGCAAUAAUAAUGCCGAAGAGGUCAGGAAUAUUCUUCAGCUACAGCCCUAUCAACUCUCUACCUCCGGAGAGCAGGAAAUUCAGCUUCUCGUAACCGAUUCCGUACAUAACAUCAAUUUCAUGCCAGGUCCUAGCCAAGGAAUCAGCAUCGUCACUGCAGAGAGUUCCCAGAACAUGACGGCAGACCAGACUGCAAACCUCACCCUGCUCACACAGCAGCCAGAGCAACUGCAGAACUUAAUUCUUUCAGCUCAACAGGAGCAAACAGAACACAUCCAGAGCCUCAAUAUGAUUGAAACCCAGAUGGAGCCCUCACAGACCGAGCCGGUGCACGUCAUCACACUCUCCAAGGAGACUUUGGAACAUCUGCACGCCCAUCAGGAGCAAACAGGGGAGCUCCAUUUAGCGAGCGCUUCAGAUCCGGCUCAGCACCUGCAGCUGACGCAGGAGCCGGCUCCGCCGCCAGCCACCCACCACGUGCCCCAGCCCACGUCGCUGAGCCAGGAGCAGAGCUGACCUGUUCACAGGCUUGGCUGCUCUGUUGGUCUCUUCUCCGUCAGCCCGCUGUGACCAGACUGUGUGCUUGAAGUUAGGCUUUCUGCAACACUCACUUAUGGAUUCUUACAGAGAAGCGGUAGCUCGCUAAGCUAGCCAAUAGCUUAAUGCUUUCCAUCUGAGGAGCAGGAUGUGUGUAUCAUGUUUUAUAUCUAAUGUUGAUUUGGACUUAACAUUUCGAUAUUGAUGAGUGGUUUUCAUUUACUACAUCUCUUAAAGACUUGGGUAACUUUUCUUUGAGGGCAUUGUGUUAGAGUUUUUCUAAGUGAGUAUUAAAUAUUCACAGCCAUAGAUACGGUCUUGCUGAUCUUUCUAGUUAUAUUUUUGAUUUUUUAGAACAAAUGAAGUCAUAUGUUGAAUUGGGUAAAAUGGUUGGUUCCCCUUCCUUAUUUGUCUUAGGCAACACAGUUGCUACUAUAAGUUGGGGCUGAAUGUAACAGAUUAUAACUUUGGGGACUCUGUCCUUUUAAUAACUUCCAAUCCGUUAAGAUAGAGUAACUUCUCAAAAUUUAAUCUUUGCGUGUACAGUGGUCUCAUCAUAUCAUGUUUAAGAUAUAUUCAAAAGACAUAGAAACUAAGUGUCUAUUUUAACUUGAGAUUUACAAAAGAGGAAAGCCAGAAAGAUAGGACCAUUUUUUAAAUUCUGAAUUGAGCUUUUCUGAAAAGCAUAGAUUGACAUGGUUUUUAAAAGCAGGUUGUUGGAAAUUUUAAAGUGUAAUUAAGGUAUGAAAUUGGACAAGAUGUUCACCCCAAAUUCUGAACUUUCUGUCAGCGUUGAUAUUAAUCUCCAUGAUGAAGGUAAAAUCUUUAUUAAUUAUCCUGGAGUGCAAAAUUCAGUGUAAUUUGUGUUAAAUAUAUUGGAUUCUAAUUGAUCUCUAAAAAUGUUGAUCUGUGUAUUGUGUCUGGUAAGUUUUUUGAUAGGAACUUAUUAUAACCUGUUUUUAUCACAAAGGUUAAAUCUCACAAAAUAGACACAUAAUUUUUAAAAGUAAAUUCUCCUAAUUUUAAAAAUACUUUUGAGCCUCAGCGUCUUAGUAAGCCAGCAUUAUCUAUAAUAGUGUGAUUUCAAAUAAUUGUCAGAAGGUUAAAUUAUGUUUUUGUUAAGUUUUCCAGCCCAGCCUAUUUUAUUGAAUACUUUGACCACUUUCUCUCAAGUAAACUGGUAGAGGGUUAUUGAGAAAAGAAGGUGGGCACUAGUGUAUGUAAAUUAACAAUGUUGAUUGAGAGUAGCAGUAAUCGCCACUAAAAUUAACAGGAUCUUCACAUCAGUCACUUCUUUGUUUUAGAGAUCUUUGAUUUCUACCCGAGUCAAAUAAGUUUUUGGAGAAAAUUUAGAAUUGUUCAGGUUGAGAGAGGAUAAAAGUUUUUCUAGCAUAUCUACCAAACUAUAGUUGUUUUAUUGUAUAUAAUUCAAAAAUUCUUAAAUGAUUUAUCUUAUAUGUAUCAGCCAAAGUAUGCUAAAUCAGGCCUGACUGGAGACAAUUUUUAUAAAUACAGUUAUGUCCUAAAUACCAUUUCAGAUUCUUGACUUAGUCAUUUAAACUAUUUACCUUAACCUUAUUGUUAAAAUGCAUUGUUUUUACCAGCUUUUCAAAGCCUACUGGCCCACAUCUUUUUCUCCUGGAGAUAUGUAAUAUUAAAGCAGAUAAAUGCCUAACUACUCAUUCUGGGUAGCUGGAUAUUUAUUAAUUAAUUAUUCAGGAAGUAUGAUCAUGAUCAUAUGACUAUUUCCAAGUGAAGUUUAACUAGCUUUAUGACAGUCUGCCUCUACUCUAAGAGAAACGUAGCGUGAGCCACAUGCAUAAUUUAAAAUUUUCUAGUAGCCACAUUAAAAACAUGAAAGAUGAGAUUAAUUUUAAUAAAAUCACUUAUUUAAUCUAACAUGUGUGCCAAGUGUUGCAGCAUGUAAGUAUGAAAUAUUAAACUAUAAUCAUACUUGACAAAUUCUUUUUUUCAUACUGUGUCUUCAAAAUCUGGUGUAUUUUACAUGGGGACUGCACACUCAGUUUGGAUGCUAAUGUUCAUGACACACUUACCUGUUUUUAGGGUUCAUACAGUUUACAGUUGAAAACCUAGGUUCACAUAUCUAGGUUACAGAUACAGGUUUUUCCCCAAUAACUGAAACAAGUGUGUUUUAAAAUUUGUAUUAGAAUUAAUUAAAAAUAAAACCUAGUUCCUCAGUCACAACUAGCUGCAUUGUGAGUGCUUGGUACUCACAUGUUAGCUAGUGGCUUCUGGAGCACAUGUUACCCGUCUCUAGCAUGAGAGCCGGGCUCAGCAAUAAAAAUCUCUUCUGGAAGAUUCUGGGUUAUUUGACCAGCUGUCAAAGGGAAGUGAGAAAAGGAAAGCUUUAUAAAUCAAGUCUCUCUUCUGUGUCCCAAAUACACAUUCUGUCCCUUUGAAUUAAAUCCUGAAUUUUAAGGUUUCA